AUGCCCGGGGCUGGGGCCGGGGCCGGGGCCGGGGCUGCGGCUGCCGAGGAGGGCGGGGGCCCCGAGGCCGCGCGGGAACCGGCGCGGCUCUGCGGCUACCUGCAGAAGCUGUCGGGCAAGGGCCCCCUGCGCGGCUACCGAAGCCGCUGGUUCGUGUUCGACCCGCGCCGCUGCUACCUCUACUACUUCAAGAGCCCGCAGGACGCGCUGCCGCUCGGCCACCUGGACAUCGCCGACGCCUGCUUCAGCUACCAGGGCCCGGACGAGCCGCCCGCCGCCGGGGCCGCCGCCGCCGGGCCCGCCUCGGCCGGGGGCGCCGACGAGCCGGCCGCCGCGUUCUUCCAGGUGCACAGCGGAGGAGGCGUCACGGUGCUCAAGGCUCCCAACCGUCAACUCAUGACAUACUGGUUACAAGAACUACAGCAGAAGAGAUGGGAAUAUUGCAACAGUCUGGAUACUGUGAAGCGGGACAGCAGGACCUUCCCAAAUCCUGGUGACUUUUCCAAAGGUCUUGUUGCCAAAGAUAACACAGAUGUGAUUCUCCUGCAUCCAAAUGCCUCUGCAGAGAAAGCCAGAAACGUCCUUUCUGUGGAAGCUGCCCCCGGAGAGCUGGUGGGAGAACAAGCUGCCAACCAGCCAGCCCCGGUUCAUCUAAGUACCAGCAAUUUUUCCCUAAAACAGUGGGGCACUGACAUCAAGUGACCAUUUGCUCCUAUUUCCCCAGAAAAUUCAAUGUCUUCAUUUCGACCUGGGAGAGGAAAUAAUGACAGCCGGAAGAGUGUGUUUUAUACCAAUGAAGAGUGGGAACUUAUAGACCCCAAUCCGAAGGAUUUAGAGGAAUCAGCGGUUCAGGAACAAGGGAAGAAGCAAACCUCUGAGGGAAACAAAGGAAUAACGGGCUCAGCCUUCCCCUUUGACUUGGGCCGUAUUCCCUAUAAAGGAAAGCGACCUUUGAAAGAUAUGAUUGGGUCAUACAAGAACCGACAUAAUAGUGGUGAUUCUCCAGUUGAAUGUACUGCGGGCAAUGGCAAUAAAGCAGCUUCUGAAGUGCAAUGGAAGUUUCAAAACCAGCAGGAAGAACUAGAAAGACUGAAGAAGGAGCUCUCUAGCCAAAAGGAACUUGUGCGCCUUUUACAGCAGACCGUCAGGUCGUCCCAGUAUGACAAGUAUUUCACUAGCAGCCAUCUCUGUGACGGGGUCCCAAAGGACAAACGUGAGCUUCUGCACCAAAAGGAUGAUCAGAUCUUAGGCCUCAGCAGCCAGCUUGAAAAGUUCAAUCUGGAAAAAGACAGUCUCCAGCAGGAAGUAAAAAACUUGAAAUGCAAAGUUGGUGAACUCAACGAACAGCUGGGCAUGUUGGUGGAGACCAUCCAAGCCAAAGAUGAAGUCAUCAUGAAGCUCUCCCGACAGCUCAGCGAAUGUGAAGGGAAUGCGUCUUCCCAAGCACUCAGCACUUGCACAUCCCCGCCGGUUAACAGAGACCUCCAGGAGCUCGACAGACUAAAAGACAGUCUUCAAGGGUAUAAGACACAGAAUAAAUUUCUAAAUAAAGAGAUUUUGGAACUCUCAACUCUUCGAAGAAAUGCAGAAAGAAGAGAGAAGGAUUUAAUGGUUAAGUAUUCUAGCCUGGAAGCCAAGUUGUGUCAAAUAGAAAGCAAGUAUUUGAUUUUGCUUCAAGAAAUGAAGAAUCCUGUGUGCUCUGAAGAGCAGGGACCUGCCCGGGACGUCAUAGCUCGGCUCCUGGAAGAUGCUUUGCAGGUGGAAGGCCCCGAGCAGCCUGAGCAAGCUUUUGUCAAACCGCAUCUUGUCAGUGAGUAUGACAUUUAUGGGUUUCGGACAGUCCCUGAGGAUGAUGAAGAAGAGAAGCUGGUCGCUAAAGUUCGGGCGCUAGAUCUGAAGACUCUGGCGCUCACAGAAAAUCAGGACAUCUCUACGGGGGUCAAGUGGGAAAAUUAUUUUGCCAGCACCAUGAACCGAGAGAUGAUCUGCUCUCCCGAGCUGAAGAGCCUCAUCCGCAUCGGGAUUCCCCAUGAGCAUCGCUCCAAGAUGUGGAAGUGGUGCGUCGAUCUCCACACCAAGAAAUUCAAGGACCGCGCGGAGCCUGGCUACUUCCAGACGCUGCUCCAGAACGCCCUCGAGAAGCAGAAUCCGGCCUCCAAGCAGAUUGAGCUAGACCUCUUGAGAACACUGCCCAAUAACAAGCAUUACUCCUGCCCCACAUCAGAAGGCAUUCAGAAACUGCGCAAGGUUCUGUUGGCCUUUCGUGAGAGAAACCCUGAUAUAGGCUACUGCCAAGGUCUGAACAGGUUGGCUGCUGUCGCUCUCCUCUACUUGGACCAAGAAGACGCCUUCUGGUGUCUCGUCACCAUUGUGGAAGUUUUCAUGCCCCGAGAUUACUACACAAAGACUCUUCUAGGAUCACAGGUUGACCAGCGAGUAUUCAAGGAUCUCAUGAGUGAGAAGCUGCCUCGGUUGCAUGCCCACUUUGAACAGUACAAAGUUGACUAUACGCUCAUCACAUUCAACUGGUUCCUGGUGAUAUUUGUGGACAGUGUUGUUAGCGACAUCCUCUUUAAAAUCUGGGACUCUUUCCUCUAUGAAGGACCAAAGGUCAUUUUCCGCUUUGCUCUGGCGCUCUUUAAGUACAAAGAAGAAGCGAUCCUGAAGCUGUAUGAUUCAAUGGCCAUAUUCAAGUGUCUGCGACACUUCACGCGCACUAUUCUUGAUGCCAGGAAGCUGAUCAGUAUUGCUUUUGGCGACCUGAACCCCUUCCCUCUGAGACAGAUACGGAAUCGGAGGAGCUACCACCUGGAGAAGGUGCGCCUGGAGCUCACGGAGCUGGAGGCCAUCCGGGAGGACUUUGUGAGGGAGCGAGACACCGACCCUGACAAACGUGACCUCAUCAGUGACGAUGACGAGGACAGCUGAGCGGAGCCCCUCCCUCCCGGGGCCUCGUGACCAAAGCCAGCUGAGCAGACGAGCUCCGGCCAGUCUGUUCUUUCAAACAGAAUGUAGAAUGUCAGCGUUUGGAAGUCUGCGGGACACAUUUCCAAGACGCGACGGCCUCUGGCGAUGCCGACUUAGAAUCCUACUCACUUGUUUACAGCCAUUUCCACGCCGCUGCGUGGCAAUUGUGUGUGAAGUCAGAAAACUGUUUGUCGUGGCUCUGCAGGCCCACAGCCACUGUUCUCACCUCAGACCUUGCAAUGCCUUAGCUCAUAGUUCUGUCUCGAAGCAGUCUCCACAUGCCACAGUUCUGGGGGAUGGACGCCCAACCUUCCUGACCGAGGCUGUCUGGCAUCUGCAAUGCGGGGGCCAAGCAGUGGGUGUUCUUGAAAGAGCAUCCCUCCCCUUCUAAAGUGCUGUCAUCACAAUGCUGAAAAGCCACCCCGAAAAUGCCCUGUGAUGUCCUGUUUUUGCCAUUUUGGCAAAACAGGAAUUGAAAAUCAACUUUAGAGUUCUCCAAAUACGCAGCCCACCCCCACCCCCACCCCCAUCAGUCAUCUUUGCCAAUCAUAUUCAGAGGAGGUGCAGAGUAAUCAGACUGUCAUCUUCAGUGACCUUUAGCUUGGUGGCAGAUCUCUAUGCUGUGGAGCAAUCUUGGAGGGAUUUGAGGGAGGGGGCUUUACGCUAGAUCCCUUGGCAAAAUUCUCUGAUUAGCGGGUUGACUUCCCAAAGGGGAAACAAAACCAGACCACACAAACAAGAAGCUUGGCCAUUGGCCAUGGAGGCUCGAUGGGGUCCUAGCGUAGCCGCGUCUCCUCACCUGGCACACCCCCUCCCCUUCAGUUUUCUCAGAAAUUCCUGUCCCACAAGAGCAAACUGAUCUGGCUCCACAUGAGUUUCCUUGCCUUCCCUAAUUCAGGCACUGCUUCUGGGGGGAGGGAUUUGCCAUCCAAGUUUUCCAGCACUGCCCUAGCUCUCCACAUUGUCAGGGUGAAUGGCCCCAUUGGUCCCUGCUUAAUCUUAGAGCAUUUCCUUUGUGAGAAGCUGGAGCCACACUUUCCUCAUCAUUUGUCAGCCUCCUCAGGUGGUCGCCACCUAUUCUAAAUCCACUCAGAAUGUGGGAGGGCCUUUCUUCUGGGAAGCUCUCUUUAGUUUGUCAUAGAAAAUGUGUGUCCAGUUUGGGUUUAGACAGACUCUGGUUGGAGGAAAUUGUUUUGUGCUUAAUACCAUGCCCCCCACCCUCAAAUUCAUAGACAUUGUAAGGAACAUUUUUUAAAAUUGAGAUUUUAAAUUACAUUUUUUCAUCAAGUCCCUACCUUGACUGAAGACUUCUAGAAAUAAUCUAUAUUCUGUAGACACUAACUUGCAAAUUUGUUCAGCAAUUUCUAGAAAUUGUUUUUAUGUCAUGUUUAUUUUAUAAAAUUCCAUAUUUCCACCCAUCUUUUAAUUCUAUAAACUGAUGUUCAGUUUAAUCUUGCUGACUUUAGAAUUUGAGUAUCCUCCUUUUGGGGAAGCCUGACUCUAUAGUGAACUGCACCUUAAUACAAUAGCAUGAUUUUCUACUCAGAUACUGAAUGUCUGGUGAAUUACAUUUUAAAAUUCCUCCUUGGCUGGGGUGGGGAAGCCACGAGCGUAGCUGGAGUUAGCGGAGCACACGCUUCUUCAGAACUCAGUGGAAGUCUGGGCCAUUCUAGCACUUGCCUGGCGACUGAUGUACACUGGGCAGUCGCUUGACCUCUGCACUAUCAAGUGAGGCAAGUUCUAGGGCAGGGAUUUCCCAGGUCCGCUGGGUUCACUUCUCACAAGAUUCUGCUCAAGAGGGUGUGGAGAGAACCUCCACAGGGGCUGGAUCUGUAAGCUCCGCCCUUUCUUAAUGGGAUGGCGUUUGAUUGGUUGAUCCCCUAGUAGGUACUGUUGUAACCUUUUACAGCAGAGAAACUAUUCCUUGGAAGGAAUCCACAGGACCAGCAGAUCUCUGCAGCGCUGUCUUGAUUGAAUUUCUCUAGAAACAUGGUGGGGGGGGGCGGGUAAGGACAGCUCCUACUCGACCAUUCUGGGGUCCAGUCCCAUGACUCCUCCUAUUUCCUGCAGCUCUGGACCACAGCAGGAGAGAAGACCAAGUUCCCUGAUGUUCCAGUAGAGCAUGGGGUCGGGAGGAGGGGAGGAGCUUAUCCCUCCCCCGCAGCGGCCACUUUGUCUACCAAAGAGCUGGCAAGAUGGCGCUUGGACUCCCUCAGAAUUCAUCACAGAGUCUCUAGAGGUUCAUGCUGUUCACCCUACGAUGGAAUGGGAUCCUGUGGUGAGAACCAUUGGGCAAAGGGGCUGGAGGAUGAUGAGUUCUGAGGGACCAAGGCUGGAUAAUUAGUGAAGGAUGCCCAGAGGUCUUUCAAAGCAACAGCUUCCGGGUCUCCCAUCCAGCUGGAGGAAUGGCCAUCACCCCGGGCAAUUCUAAGCCAGUCCUUGGAAAUGCCAACAUUCGAGAGGAAAAUGACAAACUCGCAAGUGUUAAUGCAAUGAAUUCCUGUUAAUAAGUGCUUGUUGUAUAUGUUCACUACAGUUUAUAUUUUUAUAGGCCAUUUUAUCGAGGUUUUUCUAGGUUAUGUACAUUUUAUUUUGUAUGCAAAUGCCACGUUUCACUUCAUGUGUAUUUAUGUAAGCACAGACCGCUGGUUAGUGUUCUCCUCUGGCCUUGGUCAGCAUUCAUUUUAUGCAUGAACCUGGUGCCACCAGAUAUACCCCUCCCUCCAUUGCUCAUGCUGGAAUAUUCGAGUAAUACCAGAGGGAAGAAGAACAGCGCUGUGCGGUCUGAGCCAGGCUGCUAGUGAUUCUGGCUUCAACUAUACUGUAUACGGGAAUAUCAAGUAUUAUCCCACAAGUGUUACUGCUUUGUUUUCUUUGACUGAUUCUUUAUUGUACUGCAUAGACUGCCCCCACUCCACUCCUUGGGACUUGGGGCUGCAGGGAAUUACUUGCAGUAUUUUUCUCCCUGUGUACAAAGGUGGGUUUGGCAGAUCUAGCUGGACCAGGCCAUUGGAGAGCAGGAGAAUGGUGAGAAUCCACCAGUUUUGACAUGGGCAUCUGAUGCUCCUCUGUUCCUGGAAUCUGUGAUGAAAGAAUUCCAGUCACCCCUCCCUCCUCUAGCCCCAGAGCUGGCUAAAGAGGUCUGAAGUGGCUGCCUUCAAGGCCUCUUUCCUUAAGCAAUCAGCUGGCUUACUUGGGGCUUUGUGCACAGUCUUCAAGUGAAGUUUUAGAAUUGUAAUGUUAAAGGAAAAAAUAAACACGGUAAUUUUGUGUA